CUCCCACCACCCACGCCCAUCCCCCGAGCCAGCCCCACACCCCUCUCCAAGCAGCAGCCGCAACAGAGAGAGAGAGAGAAGCGAGGGAGAUAUCCAAGUCUCUGCAUCCGUCUCUUCCCCGUGUGGUCGUCCCCGAGGCGGCCGAAAUGGCGAAUGCAGCAUCAGGCAUGGCUGUGGACGACGAAUGCAAGCUCAGGUUCCUGGAGCUGAAGGCGAAGAGAACCCACCGCUUCAUCAUCUACAAGAUAGAUGAUAAGAAGAAGAUGGUUGUUGUGGAGAAGGUCGGCGAGCCCAUCCUGAACUACGAUGAUUUUGCUGCCAGCCUCCCUGCCAAUGAAUGCAGAUAUGCCAUAUUCGACUAUGACUUUGUCACCGAGGAGAACUGCCAGAAGAGCAAGAUAUUCUUUGUCGCAUGGUCUCCUGAUACAGCACGCGUGAGGAGCAAGAUGAUCUACGCGAGCUCCAAGGAGAGGUUCAAGAGGGAGCUCGACGGCAUCCAGGUGGAGCUGCAGGCCACAGAUGCUGACGAGGUCGGCUUCGAUGUUAUCCAAGGCCGUGCAAACUGAGCGGCAUGCUUGUGCUGCUGCUACUACCAAGUAUGAUGAGCCUCCGAUGAGGAUCUAGCGCUCUCAUUGACGAUGGUCGUGAGUUGUUAUUGUUACCAUGAGGCAAUCCUGAUCGAGUUGCCAUUUGUACCACCUAAGGAAGAUCCAAGCCAUAUCUAGGGCAACAUCAAAUCUAUGGUUUUUGCGUGCCUGUUUCGUGGAUCUUGGGAUCCUGUAUUAGCUGAUAACUUCAGUUGUUUUUCAACUAUAGGAUCCUAUUAUGAAUGCGGCAUACUACCAUCAGUAAGCCUUGCCCUCCGCUUGAAGUAUCUCCACUGAAUUUGAAUGAGAUAAGUUUCAAACUA